GUGGAUAACGCAUUUCGCACGCGAUUUGCAAAAGUCAAGUCCAAUUGCGAUUCAUUGAGAGCCCAUUUUCCAAUUAAAAAAAAAAUAAAUAAAAAAGGAAAACAGUAUCAAGGACAAGAAAUAAAAAUGAGAACCGUCAUUGUGAUCCUUUUUGUUUCGUUCGUACUCGCAGUCAACCUUCGAAGUGCCGAAAGUAGAAGAAUGACCUUCGAAGAAAUCAAGGAAGCUUUGCAGCCAGUCAAGAAACAUUGCAUCGAGAGAGUGGGAACUGAUAUAAAGUUGAUCGAUAACGCAAACAAAGGUAAAUUCGUGCCUGACCGAAAGUUGCAGUGUUACUACAAGUGUAUGCUAUUGAACACAAAAGCUAUGAAAGAUGAUAAAAUAAUCGAGCAAGCAUUCAAGAACAAUGUAAAGCUUUUAUUAUUGGAGCAAUUUGUAGAACCUGUCACAAAAGCGAUAGAUCAUUGUCGUCCAAUUGCCAUGAAACCAUUGGAAGGAUGUGAGUUAGCAUACGAAUUAGCCAAGUGCUACUACGAAUAUGAUCCAUCGCUUGUAUUUUACCCGUAAAGAUGUUUCUCUCGAUAUAUGUAUACGUAGAUGAAAAACGAUUUUGGCUUAUCUCGUCGAAUAACAUGAAGAGUCAAGUAACAAUCAUUUCAACAUGAGUGCGCAUUGCAUUCUAAAAUUAAAAAGAAUUGUCCUAAAUAUACGAAAUAUAUAUUAAUUAUACA